AUCGUGGACGCCUUCUUCGAAGCAUAUGGUUUUUGACAGGUCUGAUCUCCGAGAGUCCAUUGUACAACUUGGUGUACGUCAUGCAGACAAUAUUGUAGAUGGACAUUUGGUACUUCCAGAACGGUUAAACUGGCAGCGCUUGGUGGAUGAUGACUUCUAUGAAGCGGUUUUGGAAUACUACAACGAUAGACCAGAAAUCAGACUAGCUGACCAAGAACUUUUAGUUCUUCUAGGUCAUUACAAGCCAAGGGAGUUAUCAUUAGUUCAGCUUCUUCUCAAUUUUGUUUACAGAACAUUACCGAAAGAAUGUCAGUAUGAUCCAAGUAGUUAUCUCGAGGAACGUGUACUUGUGCACUCACCGUUCCACGUGCAAGAGCUUAGCGUUCAUUUCCAUGAGGGCUUAAUCCUAGGAAAGCACAAAUUUUUAUCCUAUGAAGAACUGCUACCUUUCAGCUAUCAGAAGUAUUUACCUUAUGUGAAGCAAUUAUACUUUGACGACGAUGUUCCACCAAUUUGUUGUGAUACCCGUGCCUCUUUGUCAUACAAAUAUUAUUUACCAGACCGAUUGGAAGAUCCUAGAUACAAUGAGUUUCUUCUGGUUAGUGAAGGUAAUAAGUUUUGGGAAGCUGUGAAGUCGUUUCCUUGUGAAUACAACCGAGGUACUUUUGCUCUUUGCAGUGAGAUAGCCUUGGAUAUAGAGAAAGGCUACCCGCAUUGCUUCACUUUUGCUCAAUUUAUUAAAGUAUUUCCAUUUAUGAGGGGAAUGAAAAUGGGAUCGUCAAGCACUUCAACUUUUGUUUCUAGAAAACCUUCAUAUUUUAACAACUAUAUCCAGUAUGCCAUGAUGGUUUGUUCAAGCAACUACUCAGAAGAACAGAUGAGGAGAAAAAAGAAAGCGAGGACCGAUUCCCCAAAGCUAAGGAACCGUCUGAAAAUUGUUAGCAUUGAUUGUCCUGUUAAAUACAAAAUAACUAUAGACUUCAAGCAUAAAGUUGUCUUAAUUCGAUCGUACGAAAAACAUUCCAAGUUAUGCCAUUUGUUUCAGAAACGCAAAGGGUACACUAUCAUGAGGAAAUUAAUGACGAUAAUGGACUCCAAUCAAUCAAGUACAUUAUAUAUGAACACAAUGUAUGACCAUAGUAAGCUUGAAUAUUAUGGAAGGGAUCAAAUUUGCUUAAAAAAUAUAAGGGUGGCGAAAAACAUUUCGACGAAUACCCGUUCGAAAGACCUGCUGGGAAACGAUUAUAUGACUGACUUCCAUAUCCUUAAUAAGCUAAUCCAAAGCAAAAGCGGAAAUUUCAAUUUCAAAGACCGUCAGUAUUCGUUCACUUUCAAAGAGGAAAUGGUUGUUGAAAACAUUUUUUACGACAGGCUACAAGGUUUUUUGAUUGGAUCAAAACAAUCUUUAUUGGAUCUAUCAACACAGGUGGUUUUUGGAAUUGACGCAACCUUCAACGUCACACAAUAUAGGAGCUUAAAGUUGCUUACAGUGGUGUAUCAGAAUAUUCAAACUAGGAAAAUCGUGGUAGGGUGUGUUGGGUUUCUCCCUGGAUCUGAAUCUACGGGAAAUUAUAGUGCAUUUAUCUCUGCUCUCAAGAAUAGAAUUUCGCUUUUGAAAGGCGGAGAAGAGGCUUUUCCGAACCUCAAAUACAUUGUUACUGAUGACAGCAAAGCAGCUCACAACGGACUGAAGGAACACUUCGGAAGUAAUGUCAAAGUUGUUAAAUGCCUAUGGCACAAAAGGAUUAAUUUUGAGACUCAUCUUGACAAGGUUGGCGUAGAUAUCAUGAUGAAGGUUAUGUGGGACCGCAACCCUCUGAAGGCAAGGGCUUGGCUUGAGGCAUUGAAGGAAUACUAUCAUUUGGCCCUCAAGGCAGCAUACAUGAAGCCCCGUUCAGAAAAAUUUACAUUGCUGGUCUACAAGCGGGGAAUGAAAAAGAAUUGCGUCAAAAUUAAGAGCCUACUUUUGAGACGAUCCAGAUAUCUUUUAAAGGUGAAAAGCUUUUUGAACUAUAUUGUGUCAUUAGAAUCAGACUGCGAAUCAUGGUGUUUGUCAUACCGAUGUGUACUACCUGAUGCUUAUAGCAUAGACAACGUUCCCGAGAUUACUGAUGAAAUAAGAAAGCGAGGUGUUAGGGCUUUGAAUCAACUGGCAGGAGAAGAAGAAAUGAGCGUUUUACAACAGCAUGAACUUAACUUACUAUAUGGAAACAUAUAUCUUUCACUAGCAAACAGAAAUGAGGGACGGAGCGAAGAAGUAUACUGCCACGUCAAGGAACUGGAGCAUGAGUUUAACAAAUCUUAUUCGUUGUUUACAGAUCAUCUUGACAACCCCCAGUUUGGAUUGCUGAUGCUUACAACUUCCAAUAAUGAGAGCAUCCACAACGCCUUGAAAAAUCAUUAUAAUAUGAAGCAUUGCCCUCAUCUUGUCGAUCUAUACAUCAAGCUACAGAACUACUUUUAUUCGAAGAUCACAAAACCAAACUUUUACUCCAUUGUAGUAAGGCAUGAUUUUCCUUUUGUUCGUGAUAUGACCCUUGGUCAGCAAGUUCAAUUCAAUCGAGAGAUGGAUGAUUUCACGAAAGAGUUUGUGGCAGAAGAAAUAGUUAAAGCAGAAGUGCAUGGCGCAACGGUUACUGCUACUCUUUGUGGAUGCAGAGUUCGGGCGAAAAAUUGUGUCCCAUGCCGUCAUAUGCUACAAAAGUUACACCAGUCGUGUACCAGAGAAGCACGAUCUCAACUUGGCCUCGAUCUGGAAAGCCUCUCUAAUUCAGAUUUGAGCGUUGACAUUGUUGAUCAAGAUGACAAAAUAGACAUUCUUGCUAGCCAGCUUUUGGAAACAGCACUAAAGCAAAACACCUGUUACCGAAAAAUCGUUAAGCGACUGGCUGACAUUGAAAAUGUUGUUCGGGAAUCCAAGCAGUGGGAAGACAUAGACUUUUCUGCAAAUCUCAACCUUAUUCGAAGAAAGACCAGCGAUAAUUCAGCUCUGUCAUACGAACUUGCAAAGGAAAUUUCAAAAGAGGCCAAAAUCAAUAUAGAUUUGGUUGCUGAAAUGUUCCGGGAUCUACGUACAGAGUCAGAUAAAAAGAAAGUAGAGCAUUUUUUUUCAAAUAUCAAUGACAAUAUUAAAAAUCUAGUAGAUGGCGUACCAUCUUUCAAAGACGCUAUUCGUGUUAUAGAUUUUGACUUACUGUUACAGUCGUUUGGAAAAGGUCAUGAUGUUGAGGAGGAUCAUACUAGUGGUGAGAGAAGUAGCAGUGAGGACGAGCUUUCUGUGGUUGGAACUGAAAAUGAAGAUGAUAAAGAGGAAGACCCAGGAGAAGGCCUUUUGAAAGAGAGUGAUGAUGACGAAGGUAUGUCUUUGACAGAUUUAUCUGAUUGAGCAUUUUAUACGUGAUUAAUUGAGUAUCUACUUAAGUAUAUGAUGCAUGAAAACCAUAAAUUAAUGUAAUCAAUAUUAAAUAUACGUUAAAACAGAACCCGUACCUAGAACCCCCUGCUAAAUUAACCACUUAGUUACAUUAAAGUUAAAGCGCACCGCUCAUAUUAUGUUGAGAUAAGAUGCCGAAGCCAAUAAGGAUCAAGAGAUAAGAUAUAAGAAUCUUAUUAUGACAAGGCAUUUGAGUAAUCUAAAACAAGAAAGUCCAGCGCCGUGAUACAUGUAUAAUGGAAAGUCUAGCCGAAGGUAUAAAUGUAUAAAUACAAGAGGGUUGUCCCUUGUAUUUAUGUUUGGGAGUAUUAGUUUG